AAGGGUUGAGGUGGGCCAGUUGGUUGCCAGGAAACCAGGUUUGGGUGUCGCUCAUGUUACACAGAUCUCUGUGUCUCCUGUCUUCCUCUCUUUCUGUCUGUGUCCCAGCCAGGAGCCAUAUCUCCAUUUGCAACCAUUGGAUACUCCUACAGAAGAUACUUUUAUUGAAAUCCUUUUUUAAUUUGUUGAUUCUAAUCCUUUUCCAAACACCAAAGUUUUUUCGGCAGGUGUUGGUACUCUGUGGGUGUCAGGAUGCAACAGUUGGCGUGGAAGAUCAUCUGCUCCUCACUGCUGCUUCUAGCAGUGGUGCCCUUUGUGUACUCACAGUCAGAUUGUUCUCAAGCUGAGUCAUGUGACCUGUGCGUUGGCAACUCCAUGCUGAACCUGACAGGCUGUGUUUGGAGGCUUUGUCCAACUGGUAAUGACACAGGCAUGUGUGUGACUGAUGGGGGCGACUCGGCAGACAACGGCAUGAACUGUAGUUGGACGAGAGUGUCUGAACUUUGCUCAGUUGUAGAGACUGUAGCUGCAGGAGGAGGUGAAGGUGACUCAGGUGAUGGAAGCAGUACCAACACAUCCCCAGAGUUCUCCCAAGCCAAGUUUGACAUGUCCAGUUUCAUUGGGGGCAUCAUCCUGGUGCUGUGCGUGCAGGCAGGCGGCUUCUUCGCCAUGCGCUUCCUCAAAUCCAAAGAGCAGAGCAGCUACGACCCCAUAGAGCAGCCUCAGUGAAGAUGAGAUGUGUGAAGGACAAACAGGCGAGAGUGGAGGACAGCAGAGCAGUGACUCAUCAAGUUCUGAUGAUGAGAGUGUCUUUUUUUUUUUUUUUUUUUGAGCCCCUGUCAUUUUUGGUUUGGUCCACAUGUGUAGCCCUGGGGGAUGGGUGUGUUUGUAAGAGGACAUUUUUCUUAGAAUACUGUGUUGUGUAACGAGUGUCUGCAUGUGUUCACUGUGUUUAUGUUCCAGAGAUAUUUUGGCUGUUGGUAUUCAUACAAUCUGACAAACACCAAAGCUCUGAUUGUCUCAGCACUUUCAGUGAUUCUUCUUUAUGAUUAAACCCACCACAAAUUGUCACCAAUACUGCAUGUUAAGUGUUUGUCCUCUUACAAACAACAAGCAACCGGCUGUAUCAAAUGAGCUGAUUCCACUGUGUAAAUAGUACACUGUGGUUGUGAGAAAGAGUGAUAUAAUCCUAAUGUAGACAGAAGGUCAGACAAGGUCAUAGCAGGCAUUUAAACUUUUGUCAAGAACCCUAAUAUAAAACUAAAUGAGACUGAAUGAUUUUGCCCAUUAUCUCAGCGGAUGUCUGUGUUUCACAGUGUUUUCACUGUAACCCAAAUCAAAUAUGUAUGUAUGUUAUAUCUUUCAUGUAUUUGCAGUGAUUUAUGGGAUUUAGCCAGGGACUCUAAAGAGCCAUUUCAACAUCUCCUUUGGAAAGAGAAGAUUACACUUUAUUAUCUAAGCAAUUGUACCAGUAAUUUAAACUUAAUGACUUUCUACAGUAUGACUUCAGAACCACUCACCUGAAAUGUGUGCAUGGAUGGAUUCAUGAAUGGGUCAAAUGGGCACAGGCCUAGGGGCUCAAAGUGUCUGGGUUCCCCCUGUCUUUCACAUGCAAAAUGUCUCACAAAUUAACACAUGCCGACCAGGAGGAGACUCACAAUGACCACAUAGAGAUGCAAAAUAGUUGCAAAGAAACACAAAGACUCACAACAACUAUGAAGAGGGGCAAAGCAACCACAAAGAGACAAAAAUGAUAAUAAAGACAUCCAAAACAAUGACUAAGUGACAAAAUGACCAUAAAGACUCAUAAAACACCUACAAAGAGAUGUAAAACAGCUGCAAAGAGACACAGAUACUCACAACAACUACAAAAAGGGGCAAAACAAACACAAAUAAUAAUAAUGAGUAUAGAGGUGCAAAAAACAAUGACUAAGAGAUUCAAAAUGACUACAAAGAGACUCACAAUGACCACAAAGAAACAUGAAACAACUACAAAGAGACACAAAAAUUCCACAGAGACACACAUGACAACAAAGAUAUAUAAAACUGCUGCAAAGAGAUGCAAAAAGACUAAUGACUACAAAGAGACAAAAGACAGAGACACAAAAUGACCACAAAAAGACACAAAACAGCUGCAAAGAGACACAGAUACUCACGACAAUUACGAAAAGGGGCAAAACAACCACAAAUAGAUACAAAAUGAGUGUAGACAUGCAAAACAGUGGCAAUGAGACUAAAUAUGACCACGAAGAGAUACAAACGACUACAAAGAGAUGUAAAACAGCUGCAAAGAGAUGCAAAAAGACUGACAACUACAAAGGGACAAAAGAGGAAGAGACACAAAACCAAAGAGAGAUCUGUAACAAUUUCAAGGAGACCAAAACAAAAAGAGGCUAAACAACUAUUAAAGUCUAUGUAUCUUGCUCCUCUGUAGGAGAGGUGAUGGGGCCUUCGUCAUGAUGGUGCCCAGGGGCCCAUUGUCUCAUAAUCUGCCUGCGUUUGUGUGUGUUUUGUUUUGACUUGUCAGUAGCUCAGAUUAUUAUUAUUUUUUUUAUAUAUAAAUUUAUUUUCAUCUGGGCAGUGUCUGUUUUAACUGCUCGUAUUUAUAGUCCAUACAUAGGAACCACUAAUCUCCUGUUUAUAUUCUAUACAUAUCUGAUGUGACCUGUUUACUUUGAUAAUGCUGGUUACGUUCAAUAUGAACUGUUUGAUUGUUUUUGUGAUGCCAUUAGAAUGACGACUGCUCACAGAGGCUGGCAGCCUUAAUAAACUCAGAAU